UGAUGGGUAUUGUAGUUGGAAUGAAUUGAGAACUUCCUGCUUCCACGACAGCCACCGCCGAGACAGUAGCUGAGAAGUUCGUUAUCCUCAAAAUCAUCCGCUGGGAAAACGAAAAUAAAAGAAUCACAGAAAAAAAUGUCCUUGAAUGUGCAGGGAAAAGUCCCGCCUUUGACGGCGGUGGCCUGGACCUCCAACGCCGGCUCCUGUCCCAAAGAUUUCACCCUGAUCAACAUCACAGAAGAUGGCUCGGCAGCCAACUUCACACGAAGCUUUGCCAUGAAGUCCGGAUACUACCUCUGUUACAGCAAGGACCUGAAAGAUGGCAUGGUGGUUUCAGACAUUCAGAUUCUUUCGGACAAAGACUCCAUUCCUCACGGCUACAGCUAUAUUACAGAGUUCCUUGAUCCAAAGACCACUGUGUCAAAGAAGAAGCGGGUGAUCGUUCGCAGGUCCCCCGUGGCCAGCGUAGAAUCAGCCGUGUUGGACAUCAAACUGACAGCCAAAAGCAAAAUGUUGCUGCAGCAGUACACCUAUGUGGGCGACAUCAAUGGCUACGUGCUGUGGUGCAGAAAGGGCCAUUUUACCAGCCCUGUCCCCAAAGCCAAACCCCGCAGCGUCAGCCUGGAACUCCACAGCAUCUCCCUGGACGAACCAUCUGCUCCUCCUCCUCCUCGAUCCAGGAACCUUUCUCCUAUACCGCAGCAAAUCCGGAUCAGUCAACGCCGGCACAGCCUGCAGGUCGCGGAUGUCCGAGACACGUUUGCUGACAGCAGUCUCCAGGCGGUUACAGCUCUAGAUGGAGUUCCCUUCAGCCUGCACCCAGAUUUUGAUUUGCAAGCACAUGGCAUGGCUCUCCAGUUGAACUCCCAAUUGAACAACAUCCGUAUAAAGUCUAUCAAAGACAUUGAAAAUGAGUACAACUACACGUUCGCCGUGGAGGAAUCCGCAGCGAAGAGGAUCUGCCCGUCAGUCUCAACAUAAACUGCUCAGGGAUCUUCACGAGCUCAUGAUGUUAAAACUGUUUCUGUUACUUUACUGUAUGUCUCCAUGGGGGUUUUCCAAGGCCAUAACUUUAUUGAGGGGACAAAUGAAGGACAAUCAUGUUCACAUUUAGAUUCACGUAUUCAAGCAACCAUUCAGGAGACCUAAAAGUCAUUUUUAUCUCACGUUAAGAGUGUAAAAUUAUCUAUUUUUUUUGUCUUACGUAAGAAAAGGCCUGGUUGUUUAACUUUCCAGGGAUAAAGAUGCAAUAUAUUGCGUAAAUCUCUAUAUUUACUAGUUUGAAUGAAAAAUAUCCAGCAUUAAACCCGAGGUUUAUUUGCUUUGACUUGUAGAGAUAUUAAAUAUAUUAUUUGUAUUCUAAGAAGUAAAUGCACUUUGUCAAGACAGAUGAUGUCUUGCUCUUUUCUGUUUCUUGAAACAUUUGUCUGUUCUUUGACUAUUUGGUUUUUUUUCUCUGUUGGGACUUCAUUAGCGCUUUAAACUUUACUGCUGCUGAUGCUGCUGAUGACGAUUCUUCUAUUGUUACACUAACGUCAUACUGGAUAUGGUGCAGUUUCUUCAAUGAAACUUUGGUUAAACCUUUGACAUCACCUGUACUUUGUCAUGUUUUAUAAAAAAAAAAAAAAAGUGUUUACAUUUAAUGUUCCACUGCGCUAUAGCAUGUUGGGAUUUCCUUUGUUUGACAAGUCGAGACCAAAUAUUUGUCGUUGUUGAAUUGUACUUUUUCUUAACAUUACAAUCAUCUCAGUCUUAGAAAAAUAAAGACUCGAAAACAA